ACACAGAACUUCUCCUGUCGGCCUACUAAUACAGCUAGCUAGCUGCCCUCUUAGGUAUACUGUGAUGGCCACAACCUUGUCCUCCACAGUAGUAGUUGCACUUGGUGCACCUCUCUUCUUGCUCCUUGUAACGUGUGGCUCGUGCGCGAGGCCGGUGAGCUUUAACGCCUCCGACCUCACCGCCGAUCCCGGCUGGGAUGCUGCCAGGGCCACCUGGUACGGUGCGCCCACCGGCGCCGGCCCUGAUGACGACGGUGGUGCCUGUGGAUUCAAGAACGUGAAUCUGCCGCCGUUCUCGGCAAUGACGUCGUGCGGCAACGAGCCCCUGUUCAAGGACGGCAAGGGCUGCGGCUCCUGCUACCAGAUACGAUGCCAAAACCACCCGGCCUGCUCCGGCAACCCAGAGACGGUGAUCAUCACUGACAUGAACUACUACCCCGUGGCCAAGUACCACUUCGACCUCAGCGGCACGGCGUUCGGCGCCAUGGCCAAGCCCGGCCGCAACGACGAGCUCCGCCACGCCGGCAUCAUCGACAUCCAGUUCAAGAGGGUGCCCUGCAACUACCCCGGGCAGAAGGUGACGUUCCACGUCGAGGAGGGCUCCAACCCCGUCUACUUCGCGGUGCUGGUCGAGUUCGAAGACGGCGACGGCGACGCGGUGCAGGUGGACCUCAUGGAGGCCAACUCUGCGUCGUGGACGCCGAUGCGCGAGUCCUGGGGAUCCAUCUGGAGGCUCGACUCCGGCCACCGCCUCACCGCGCCAUUCUCCCUGCGCAUUACGAACGAGUCCGGCAAGACGCUGGUGGCUGACCAUGUCAUCCCCGCCAACUGGGUGCCCAACACCUACUACCGUUCUAUCGUCCAGUAUUAGCCGCUCCCAGCUGCUGCGCCGGCCGGAUAAUAAUAUACAAUUCUGUGUCAUUGUGCUUUACUAUUAGUUUGGUAUUAGUAUUGUAUUUCUGCAUGGGACUGAUGAGGCACAGAGCUGAAGUGAGGUGCCUCACUCCAUUGCUAAUUUGCUACUAGGUGUUAAGUUGGUGUGCGGCUUCAGGGAGUUGAAGACUGGGAAGUGGAGGAAGCAGUGCUUUUUCCCGCCCAUUGUCGUGAAUGCAUGUACCAGUGCGAUUAAGAUUAUAUAAAUUAUAUUGACAGUA